GUGAUGAUGUUUAUGUCCUGCCCUCAACCAACAGCGAAGGCAUGACCAAACAUUUCUGUUAUUUUGGGGAUUUUGUAACUACAUUUUGAGCACUUUUCACUCUUCCUCGGUAGGGGGCAGCACUCAAUAUUGAGCAGCGUAACCAAACUACAUUUUAGUAACCUACGAGGACAAAAAAAAAACAUGCUAACGCUCGUCAACAGCUUCCCGUUUGCGGCUUUCUUCACUUAUUUUCAUGCUAAUCUGACGUUGACGUGUGUGACUAUCGUAAUUUUGGCAGUAAAUUGACGUCUUUAAAAACUCAUUGAGUUUAGAGUACUGAGUGUUAAGAUAGAUCAGUAGUAACAUUGCUUAUUUGCCUUUUCGACGCAUUGUCGCUUUCGUUGAACUACACUAUAGUUAGUUUAAUCGUACAAAUCUAUGAGUAGAAAAGUGAAGAGUUACGCGCAGUGUCAUUCAACGGCGCUAUGUAACAAACGACUCUUAAAUUCCCGAGAAAAGUGUUAGCUAAUGCUAUGUUAGCUUGUUGUCAGCCGUAACUUUCGUGUCAUUCUUAAUAAAUUUUCUCAGGGGGUAUGUAAAAGCAGAUAGUGGAGUUAUUCCGUCACAAUGGCUGCAUUGGGUUUUACCCUUGCCAGAAAACAGGACAUUUUCAGCAUCGAGGCGUUUGAGUCAUCAUCACCUUUUCAAACAAGCAGCACCUCUGGCGGACAAGAGGCCAGACAAUUCUAUGAAAACCUCCUCAAAGAUGAUCAAGUGACUUUGAAAAGACAAUGUGAACAGAAUCGUCGAAAUAAACAGAAGAAGAGGCGAUCCAGCAAAAGGGACAGUAGAAGGAGGACUGAUACGGAUGCCGUGGUGGUGGAAAGAGCGGCCGGAGGAGAAGAAGGCACCCGAAUAAGAGAAACGUCAGGCGGGCACGUCAACUCUGAAAUGUCCUCAGAGCUUCAGGGUCUCAAGCUGCUGCGCUUUGCCCAAGAUGGAAACCUCACUGGGCUGAAAGACUUGCUGUCCAAGGGGGUGGACAUCAACUUUCAGGACACCUUUUUUUGGACAGGUGUGAUGUGCGCAAGCUGGUCGGGACAAAGAGCUGCCGUGAGGCUGCUGCUCGAGCAAGGCGCCGCCUGGGUGGGCGUUGUCGACACUCAGGGCAGGGAUGCCAAAGAUCUCGCAUGGGAGGCGGGCCACAGCGGCGUGUUGGAGGAGCUGGAGGACUACGGCAGGAGUCCAAAGAGACAAACUGAUCCCAGUUCAGUUCAGCCCCAGCGGUGCGACGUGUGCGGUGUGGACCACACAAGCAGCCUAUCAUCACACCUCUCCUCCACACUGCAUCAGUUCAAUAUGAAGAGACCCCCACCAACCCCUUAUUAUUGUCUCCCUCCCUCCGCCAAUGGUUACAAGAUGAUGCUCAAUUGCGGCUGGCGGCCCGGCAGGGGCCUGGGUCCGGAGGGCCGGGGUCCCAAGCGACCUGUGACCACAGUCCUGAAGAGGGACCAUAAAGGCCUCGGCUACGGGGCAAGGGUGAGAGCCAGAGUGACUCACUUCAAAGCGGGAGAUCGGAAUGCGGUGAAAGCAACGCAUACAGAGAAAGAGGGGCAGGGACAGAAGGGAAAGACCAAAGAGGAAAAUCGGAGGAAAGAACAACAAGAGAAGGACUGGGAAAGGGACUUCCGUGCCUCUUUUUAUCUGUGAUGUCAACAAUGCUUGUGUUAUUUCACACUUGUAACACAUUCAAGAGCUGAAAAUGCACGUGUGAGUGAGAGAGAGAAAAUAAAAUUGUAUUUGAUGCUAAUUUAA